CUGAAAUUUCGCAAUGCCGGCUGACCUGGUCAGCUCUUUGUGGUCUCGUCUGUUGGACAUCGAACUAAACAUUGUUAAGAAGAACGACAAGCUUGCUGAGCGUUUGCUUAAAAAACCGUUCGAUUGUCAGACUUCCACACUCUAUAGCCAAAUGGCUGAGGGCGCCAAUUCAACACAGACAGCCGCAAGAUACUAUCACAGUAUCGUUAAGUAUAUCGAGGACAAAGAAGCUUCUGAGGGACUGCGCCGUAUCCUAUGUUUCAUCGAAGAUUUGUCAUCGGGCGAAGUGGAGGUCAAGAAUGUUGAAAAAGCCAGACAAUUCCGAGAAUCAGGAAACCGUUUUUUCAGGUCUGGAAAAUUAUCGCGCUCUUCUGAGCUGUAUCGACAAGCAUUACUGCAUGCUCCCCACGCCUUCCCGUUGUUCCACAAUCACGCAUCUCCUCCCAUGGAUUCUACGGAGGCUGCGUUACUGCAUGGUAAUUUGUCGGCUGUGUUCGCUCGUCAACAGUCCUGGACUGCCUGCCUGUGGGAGUCAAUCAUAGCCACUGAACUACAUUUAAUUGCCAAUAGGCCUGGAAUAUGUUCUCUAGUCAGACGCUUGUGGUCCCGUAUUACACAAUGCUGCGAUCACAUUGGACUGUCCUACCCGAAGGUUACCUUACCCGAGCUACACCAUGUGGUUACCAUCCGUCAGGCGUUCCUGCAACUGUCGACCGCUUCAGAUGUCGGUGCGCCUACCUAUGAGCUGCCCGAGCCACGUUAUGGGUUCCAGGAGGCUAUCCUGCGUUGUGUUCUUUCUUUUCAGUACCCUGGACUUUCUUGCGGACUGCUUGUAACUGAGAGUAAGCAAAAGGGGAGAUACGUGGUUGCCACAGAGGAGUUUCAGCCGGGAGACGUGUUGGCCGUUGAACCGGCUUCAGGAUGGCCUGCAAGCGGACCACGGACGACAGUUAGUGCUUCCGGUGACUGCCUUCUAUUGCUGCCAUCACAACGCAUGUCCAAAUGCACUGCGUGCCUGAAUCCUUUAUCAGCAAUCGGUUAUUUGUGUCCCAAUUGUUGUGAUACUGCCUACUGUGCUCCUCCGUCAAAGUGCUUUUUCAGACACCUUACCAAGUCGGACGAGGUGGUUUCCUUCAGUCAACCUCCGUGGCAUACUGCCGAAUGUCGUUUUAUGUUCUUGCUCAAUUCCACUGGACUUGGUCAUCUCUGUUUCCGCCUCGCGUGGUUGCGUCGCAAAAACCACCGGCAGAUGUCGUCCCGACAGCUUACAAUCGACCAAUUAGUUAGUCAUUUUGACGAAUUCGAGGUCGAAGAUCUUUUUCAGUACGCUGUAACAGCCUGGCUAUUGGCUAAACUCCUAAGUCGAUCUUUCUGUGAUCAAGAUACAAUGACAGAGCUGAUUGAUGGGUUGUGGUGUUUCGAUACGUUACGACGUUUGCAAUGCAAUGCACAUGCCAUUACAGACGUACAGGAAACGUUCCAACUCGAGAUAGAAGAUGAGACGUACCAUGCUCUUCCCCGUCUAGGUCAAGUUCGAGUUGCGACUGCUUUAUUUCCGUGUGUGAGCAUGCUGAAUCAUGCUUGCGAACCAAGCGUAUCGAAUUCGUUUGAGAAUCAAUUCAUCAUUCUUCGCUGUACCAAACCGAUUCAUCUAUCUGAUGAGGUUUAUAAUUGCUAUGGACCACAUUAUCUACACGACACUUCCAAUAGCAGUCGCCGAGCACAACUACAAAAGCAGUAUUUCUUCAACUGCAGCUGUCAGCACUGUGCCAAUCCGAGGUGUGCGCAUGUUCUCAAACCCACGACUGCGGUGCAGAAACAAUGGGAUGCAGCGCUUUCUCGGAUGAUGCGUGUCACCGAGACGAAUUCGCCUACCUUACCUGAACUGCAAAACACUUGGAGCCAAGCUUGUCAGAUCGGCACGCUUUCUUGCCCCUUUUGUGAUGGACAUUGGUGGCCGCAAGGAGAGUCUCCUGGUAGCCUCUGGGAUACUGCAGGACAACGCUGUAUCACAGCAGCAUUGACCACUUUAGAUCCGCAUAUCUCUAACCGACUGAAACUUCUUGGUGUCCAGUGUUUUGCAAAAUCGGUUGAUUGGGUUAGUAAGCACUUUGGUGAUCAUAGUUCGGAGUACUUAUGGGAGCUGUUGAAUUUUUUCCGCACGGCUGUGGAGGUACUGGACCAAUGGCCAUCGGGAAUUCUCGAAACUCAUGCACUGUCGAUUCCGACUUCACUGGAAGGCGUGCGCAAAACUAUUUUCUCUUUAGCUUGCUUGCUUUAUGGACAAAGGAACGCUAAAGAGAUUGAGGGCCGAUUUCUUUGAACUAUUUUUUAUGGCAUCAGAGUUUUGUGAAUUGCUUUUGAAUAGCUGUAUCAUUCGAUCUGCAUAGUAAUCUUUAAGGUGUAAACAACUCAGUCUUGCACUUUCGAGUUAAUGGAAUAUGUAUAUGCAUUGAGUCGCUUCCCUGUUUUCUUUAAUUAUAAUCUGC